AUGGUCCUAGUCUCUUUCCUAUGCAUAGUUGGCUUAGACUCCCCUCCCCUCCCCUCCCUUCCCCUCAUCACACACUGCCCCCCCUCCCGUCGAGUUUCCCCCACAUCUCCCUUUGCCCCUUCCCCCGGUCCACACCGCUAAUAUUAACAUCUGUUGGGACCCCAUGCGGGACCUGGCUCUGAGCAAUCCUGCAGCUGCUGAGGGGUGCCGGUCUACGACGGAGCUCCGCAAAGAGAAGUCACGGGAUGCGGCGCGAUGCCGCCGGAGCAAGGAGACGGAGGUGUUCUACCAGCUGGCCCACACCCUGCCCUUCGCCCGGGGGGUCAGCGCCCACUUAGACAAGGCCUCCAUCAUGCGCCUCACCAUCAGCUACCUGCGGAUGCACAAACUUAUCACCUCGGAGGAGUGGCGUGGGCAGCCGGAGCAGGUGGACGCCUGUUACCUGAAGGCCCUGGACGGUUUCGUCAUGGUGCUGACAGAGGAGGGCGACAUGGCUUACCUGUCGGAGAAUGUGAGCAAGCACCUGGGGCUGACCCAGCUGGAGCUGAUUGGACACAGCAUCUUCGAUUUCAUCCACCCCUGUGACCAGGAGGAGCUGCAGGACGUGCUGAGCCCCCGGCAGGGUGA